UAGAGCCGUAUCGUCUUGAAUCUGUUCAUUCUUCCAUACACUUAUCGUGUGUACGGACGUCCGUUAUCAUAAACUCGAAUUAAUCACAGCAGCAGGACUGCAGAAUUUUUAUAAGUAUCAAACUGUGGUGAAAUUAUAUAAGUGAUAUUUUAUAAUAAUACAAUAAUAUAUAACAAUGGAAGAAACGGCGGCAUUGAUCAAAUCAUGCAUAAUUUCGAAGAAAGGAGGUAUACCGAUGAAUGAUUUAAACGAUGAGUUUCAAAAUCUGGUCGGAGAAUUCAUUCCUUAUCGUAGAUUGGGAUUUUCGAAUCUCCGUGCAUUUUUACGAACCAUAGAUGGCUUGGAGACAACUAGGAACGAAUUUGGCGAACAGGUGUUAAAGAUAAACGAUUCUAAGAUUGCUCAUAUCGAUAGACUCAUACGCUAUCAAAAGGUCGACUAUUCGAAAACAAGAAAUAAAUACUAUAAACAUUUUGCACAUCGCAAGAACAAUGCUGAAUAUAAUGAUGAGCUUAGGCAAAGAAACAGAACAGCGUAUAAUGCUAAUCGUGCCAAUAGAUGGAUUCAAGAUCUCGGUUGUCGUCGUGAUUUGCACUUGUUAAAAACCAGUAGCUUUAAUGAAAAUAACAGUUUCUCAUACGAAGAAGAGAAUCAUCGUCCGAUGGUAAUAAAAAUGAAUGAAACGAAGCAAACUAAUAGCAUACAUGAACCUAUUGCAAACGGCCAACAAUUACUUGGCGAUGAUUUUUUCCUGCAACUCGCAAUACGAAAUCUUCAUCUUCCUAUUUGGAGAUAUAAAGAUAAUUUAGCCUUAAACUGUGGUUUGUGCAUCUCUGGCCAAACUAUAAGCGAUUGUACUCGGGCUUUGAGGAAUAUUAACACCAUUUCCAAUCGUGUCGUGAUUUUGCUUGGUUCAGUCGAUGUCUACAACAGCGCCACUUGCGAGGAAAUGAUAUACGAUAUGACGGAACUCUUGCAAGUUCUCCGGUCCAAAUUUCAUCUCUCAAACUCGGCUAUCACCAUCUGCACAAUUCCACCCCUGGCCAAUCUCGGCAUUUAUGCUUAUAAGAAACAAAGCUUGGCGUUAUUUUGCUUCAAUAAUUGGAUCAGAUCUCUGGCUGACGAUGCAUGUAGAAGAGGCGGCACUUUCGAAAGCUAUCCGAUAAUAGAUCUGUUCGAAAGCUUCUGCAACGAAACGUAUGUCACGGAAUACGAUUGGUUUCAAACGCAAGCACGCAGAGUGUCUGGAACCAAACAUUCCUAUGUACUGUGGAACAAUAAAGGACGUAAGCAAGCGAUGAGCCUCAUCUGCAAAAAGGAAGGUACGGAACGCUCCAGAAGUCCCAACUCAUUGCAGAUGCAAUGAGAAUAAAUAGGGAACUUCCAUUGUGUGCGGAUCGCGUAUAAUGAAAAAAGCAGGACGAUACACUGCGGAAGACCUUAUUCGUCUUUCAUGACGACAGCUGUUUCGAGGAUCCUCUCCGGGGUGUAUCCUCCUGCUUUCUUCGUAAAUACGCGUGCUAAAUCCAAUUUAUGUUUAUAUAUUAAUAAUGUAUUGUACAUAGAACGCAGAAAAAUUUCCGCACUGUCGACAUACAUGUAAACACAGGUUAAAUCGCUUUAUCGCGUUCAGUUAAACGACUUCUGUGUAAGAGACUAAUUUAAGAAAAAGAAAGCAGGCUUUACUUUAUUUCAAAGAUUAGUGUAAAGCAGCAGAGCAAAGCAGUUUCAGACUCUAUACAAGUUUUUCAGGAAUAUAUAUGUAAUUUAAAAAGCUUUAUCUUUCAAUGCAUUUUGAUAUUAUCGGUCAUUAUAUAAUUUUGCUUGUUCGCGUUUCGAGAAAACAAAUGCGGAUACAAAUCUCUUAUUUGUUUAAUUAUUAAAGGAUUAAAUUAUUUUGAAUUGUAAACGUCCGCUUCACGGUAUGCGGAAGGUUUAAAUAGAAGAUACACAACAAGCUCGUAUUUAAGUAUAUCAGAAAAGUAUAGUGCAUUUUUUAAUUAAAUGCGGGUAAUUAAAAAAUGGCACGCAUACUUUUUUUGAGAAUUGUACGGGCGAACUUUAACAACUUUCCAUGCUGUGCGAAAAAUUAAUUUUUUUUUAAAUAAUUUUUUACACAUACAUUUAAUUUGUUAUCGACAUAUUUGAUAGUAAUUAUUAAAAAAGCUCUUUUUCUAUAAACUUAACUUUUAAUAUCAAUUAAUGAUAUAAAAGAUUCAAAAAUUUAUAUUAAUUAAUAACAUAAAAUAUAGUUAGAUAAAUUUAUUUAUUUAACUAAUUUAUUAGUUAUAGAGUAUUUCUCGAAAUAUAUUUAAAAAUUAUUAUUAAAUUUGAGAAAAUUUAUCCGUUUUUAAUGUGAAUAAACUAACAACCGUAUUUCAUGAAACACGAUCAAACAAAAUUUUAUAAUUAAAUAUAAUUAAAUAUAAUUGUGUUUAAUAGAAACUUCUCCAGAGAGAUUAAGUUAUGAAAAAAAAUUAAAUAUUUAUAAGUGUUAUAAAAAGUUAAGUGUGUGCGUAAUCUCUUAGCAUGUGUAUUUAAAUUAUUUAAUUAUUAUAAUAAUUUAAAUUAUUAAUUUUAAACAGUAAAAUUAAAUUAUUUAAUGUUGUGUAAUUAUUAUUACAGUUUUUGUAAGUCUAAAUUGCGAAGAAAAUUGUUAGAAUAAGCAAAAUAAUUGAUUUUUAAAAUCAAUCUUUUUUUUUUAUUAAAGUUUAAAAAUAUUCUCUAUAAUUUAUAAAUAUUGCUAAUUCAGAGUUUAUGGUUCAAAAAACGAAAAUGUAGAGUUUUCAAAUUAAUCUUAAACAUUAGGAAUGAAUGCGAGAAGUAUUUUUUAACGGAAACAAUGCGGAGGGCUUAUUAAUAUAUUAAGACGUGCAAUUAGAACAAUUGUGAUAAUAAUUGCGAUAAAUGUUAUAAAUAAUAAUAAGAUAUGAUAGCAAUGUACAUUCUCUUUAAGAUAUUAAGGGCCAUUAAUAACAAUAAUAAUACACUGCUGGUUAUUAAAAUUACAACACUAUAUAUCUAUAUUUAUAUAUACUGUGUUGCAAUUUUAAUGGCCAGCAGUGUAAUAUUAAUAAUAAAAAUAAUAAAUAUAACAUAAAUCAUAGACAUAUGUAUAAAUAUAGAAAUAUAGGGACGUGUCGAAUUUGUAAUUAUAAAGUAUUGCGCGUAUUGUGAUCAAUAAAUCAUCAAUACACAUA